AUGGCGGGCGCCCUGAAAGAGUCCUACGCGAUGCGGUUCAAGGGCGAGUCGGACCAGACGACAUGGUCGCCCGCGACCUGGGCCGAAUGUCUGGGCGGCCCGUUCAUGACACUUGGCAGAAAAGCGUCGAGAAGCUUCCCGGGGAAGCCCCCAGACCACCCGGGCGACCCGAUGCCAGUCGGGAAAGGUAGAGAGGGGCCGAGGAGCGCGGGGCCGGGUGUCGGCAAGCCCGGGCGCGACCGGCCAGUGCCAACGUCCGCAGAAUCGCCGACGGAAAAGAUGGCAACGGCGCUGGUUGCAGCGAUGGGCAUUCAGCAGCAGUCCACAAUAGACGGAGUCGACAGGAUCAUCCAGAUUCUGAAGUCCCAGGGAUCGGCUCCGACCUGUCGGUCAGAGCUGAACUCGAGCACCAAGGUCGAGCCGAAGAUGAAGUGGCCGACCUUGGGCGUAGAGGAGCCCGCAGGCAGAAAGCCGCUCGAGGUAGUCAUGUCCAUCGGGGUUAGCUUGACGGGCAACCAGAAGAUGAUCUACGACAAUAUCAUCCAGGAUGCCAGUGACGACGGGCAGCGAGAAGCAGAUGAGGUGCGUACGGAGAUGAACAACCCUGAGAAGUUGCCAAAUGAGAGUUGCCUGAGCUUCGAAGCCCGAUGGGAGAAACAUCACUGGAACAUGCGGAGAGCAAGCCUAGUAUGUACCGAGGCCGAGGACUUCGUAGACUACGCCACGAAUAUCGGAAAAAUGUACAGCGCUGUGAUCCGGUUCGACAUGCGAGACUACCCGAAGAAAGACGGUGGAACAGAGCACAUGACGCCGAAGACCUGGCAGGAGGCCCGAACGGACACGACUUUCUUCAGCUACGGCGCCGCGAUCAAGACCCUGACCGACGUCGAGGUCCCGAGCGUGACGUGCGAGUGGUCCACGCUGAACUGGGAGUGCCAGCCCUCCGCCGACUGCGUCCUGGUGGGCAACUCCCGGUCAGGCACCUGCAGCCCGAAGGUGGAAGACACGUCGAUCGCUGGCUGGGAGAUGGUGGGCGACGGCCAGCUCAGCAAGGUGGUGGCUCCGACCGCAUCGGAUGGAAGCGACCCCGUCACCGAGCUGAAGGGCUUCUCGGCCACGUUCUACUGCGGCCCCAAGUCGGCCUUCACCGAGGCUCAGCCUGGGCCCACGACCGAGCCUGCGAGCCUGAAGGCGUGCCUCGAGGCCGGCGUCAGGUCCAACGCAGAGCUGCACGCGGCGUACCCCUGGAAGCUGUACUUUCCGGAAGAGGUGGUCGCCAUGGUGGUCUUUGCAGAGUACAGCCCUCGCCAGUGCAGCGAGGGCACUUCCGGCACCAUCAAGGAGCAGUUGUGCGCCGACGGCGCGACGGAGACCGCCAGCCUGGAUUCCCACCUGAGCUCCGACGCCAAGGAGAGCAGCGGCAGCACCUACCAGGGUCUCGCCACGGGCAGCGGCUACCCGCAGAGCAUGCCCACGGAGGUCUGGCUGCGGCCCGAGGACCUGCUCGAGGCGGCGGGCCUCCUCGCCCGGUCCUGAGCGCGCGCGCGCUCCUCCUCGUUCUCCUCCUCCCUCCUCUCCUCCUCCUCCUCUCCUCCUCUUGGACACCCCCCUCUUGGCCGCCCCCGCUGGUGCUCGCGGCGAGCUUUUCCCCGGCUGGCCGGCACGGGGCGACGGGCCUCGGGCGCCCGCUCGCUUAGGGCGCGCCCGCGCCCGGCGGCCGAGAUUCUCACAGGCCGCCAGGCUCGCGCGCGCUCGUGGAGGCCAGCGCGGCCGGCUUUUCCGCGGCCCGUCGCGUGUUUUAUUUUUGUGGCAGGCCACUCCGAGGGGAGAGGCUCCCUCUUCACCCGCCCGCGAGAUCGCACGAGGGUGUGGCGCGGUGCGCAGAGCUCUCUCCCGCGCGGUGCGCGCGCGUCGGGCACGGAGGAGGCAGGCAGGCACACCACGCGCAGAGCUUGCGCGAGGCACCCUGGCUCGUGGGCACGGGCGGCAUGCCUCGAAGGCGAGCGAGACGGACGGUGAACCACGCCUGUCACGCAGCACGUUUCCAACACCCGAACGUUGCCACGCACGUGUGAUGUAGUUCUGGCAUGCUUUCAAGAGGCAGACGAGCUUGGGAGGACGAGGGUGAGCUCGGCUCGAAGC